GUAUCUGUACCUAAAUAAAGUUAAUGUAUAUGUGUCCAGAGGUGGUUACUGAGGUAGUUGUUACUGACCCUUACAAACCCAACUACAACAAUCUUUCUCAUUUAUUGUCCAGUAUUUUCUCUGGUAAAUUAUUGCCUCAAUAACAGACGUGUCUAGUGGUUUUACUGACAGAUUCUAGCAGACUUGUUAUACGUAGCAGCAUGCACCCAGAUCUCUCUCCACAUUUACACUCAGAAGAAUGCAAUGAGCUUAUUUCUAAACUUCACAACUGCCACAAAGAGAAUAAGUUCCUGAAAUUUAUUGGGGUUUGCAAUGAUAUAGAUUCAGCUGUGUGGAAGUGCAUGAAGGCAGAGCGCUUAGAGAAGCGUAAGAAGAACCAGAUGGCUAGUGAGGAGCGAAGGAAGAAAUUAUUUGCCAAGCUUGAAGAAGGACACACUUGGCGAAACAUGUAAAGUGUGAAAAUAUAUAAUCAUUGGAGCAAAUAUUAAAGU